ACGACAGCCACGAGCCUGAGCCUCAACCUCACGUUCCCCAGCUCACACGCACCUUCCACCCCACCACGCACCCCACCACGCACCACCACCCCACCACACACACACGAAAACAGCAGCAGAAGCAAUGGCCGAACCCACCACCGCCGCGAUCUCCGAGCCGCUCGACCUGGUCCGCCUCUCGCUCGACGAGCAGGUAUUCGUCAAGCUGCGCGGCGACCGCGAGCUUCGCGGGAGACUCCACGCGUACGACUCGCAUUGCAACCUGGUCCUGGCCGAUGUCGAGGAGACCGUGUAUAUCGUCAACGACGACGAGGAGGAUGAGGAGGGGUUUCAGACGAUAAAGAAAAGCUCUGAGAUGCUGUUUGUGCGCGGUGACUCCGUCGUGCUCAUUUCGCCGCAGGCGCAGUCGUAGCGCUCUCUCUCAAGACCAGUGGGACCGAAGGAAUGGAGGAGGAGGGCACACAUCAAGUUUAUUUCACGUCUGUAAGCCUGUCAAGACUACGAGUACGGUGAACGCCGGCAACAACAAACAACACCAAUACAUAUACCCAUAUCCGUCCGCGCGUCUAGGCGGAGGGAGGGAG